GGAUUAUUACAGUAGAAUAACGGAUCUCCAGUGGAUUGGGUCUGAUUGAAAAGGACAGCUGCUGAUUUUGCAUUUGAGAGGAGGAUCAUGGUGCUAGGUACCGUGGGAGAGAUAAAAGGGAGAGAGGUUUGCAGCUAAAUAAAGCAGGGAAUAAGCCUGUCUAAAACAACAGUCCAGGGAAGAGGAUCUGUCAGCAGAGAGAUAAGAAGGGGAGGACAGAGCACGAAAGAGAAAGACAGAGGACGAGAGAGAGAGAGAGCGAGAGAGAGAAUGGGAUAUUAUGCCGUAUGGAUCUCCCUCUUGUCCCUGUCUCUCUCCUAUCAAAGCAUCACUGCAGAGGCUGAAGAAUGUCGCACAGCCAUGCCUGCAGAUAUUGUGUUCCUGGUUGAUGACUCCUGGUCAGUGGGCCCAACCAGCUUCCAGCAUAUCAAAGAGUUUGUAGCUGACAUCAUCAGAGCAUUUCAGGGCAGUGAGGUUGGACCAGAGGGCGUUCGAUUUGGAGUGACAGUCUUUGCAGACAUGCCUAGGAUGCGUAUAGCUCUGACGGAUUAUUCGACUCUGGAUGAGGUGUUGAGGGCUGUGGAGGAGGUGUCGUAUGAGGGAGGAAACAGUCGCACUGGUCUGGCAUUAGAAUUCCUAGUAGAGUCUGUCUUUAGUGCCUCCAUCAUCAGAGACAAUGCCCCAAAGAUUGCUGUUCUGAUCACUAAAGGCCAAACGGAUGAUCCGAUUGAUGGUCCAGCUAAAGCUGUAACAGACAGUGGAAUAUCCCUGUUUGCUGUGGGGGUGAGGAACGCCGAUCGGUCCAAUCUCAGGAAGAUUGUUACAGAACCUCAUGAGGAACAUCUGAUGCUCAGCCCAGAUUUCUCUUUCUUGGAGCACCUGCUGCCCAAACUCUCCCGCCGCAUCUGCUUCACUGCAUCAGAACCUCCACGGCCCGUCAAAAAAUAUCCACAAGUGGUGGAGAGGAUAGUGGGUCCUAAAGAUCUGCAGGUGAUUGAGUUGAGUUACAGCUCUCUGCAGCUGAGCUGGAGUCAGGCCACGGGAGAUGUUACCGGCUACAGGCUGCUCAUCACCCCUGUGUCUCCAAAGGGCCAUCUGCUUCCAGCACAGCAGAGACAGAUUGAUCUGAAGGGAGAUGUUGGGAGCACGCAAGUAUCCGGUUUGAGUCCCAAGACUGAGUACUCUCUCACUGUAUAUGCCAUCUACCAUGGACGCAUAGGAGAAUCUGCCAGUAUUAUCACAGAAACCACUCCUGUGCCACCAGUUGCCAACUUCCGUUUGAAUGACGAAGGGCUGUUCUCUUUACGCCUGGGAUGGACACCUCCUCUUGGAAAAGUGGAUGGAUAUAAAAUCUACAUUCCAAGAUCGGACAGACCCGGGCUCAUUUAUGAGCAGAUGCUGAGGGGUGACACCUCCUCUCACAUGAUUGACACUUUAGAAGAGGACAAAGAUUACACUGUCAGCAUCUAUGCCAUCUAUCCCGAGGGCCCCAGUGAACCUGUGUCAAUAGUUGGAAGAACACUGAAACUGGUCCCUGUUGAGAAACUGCUGGUGCAGAACGCCACCACAGACACAGUUCAGGCGAGAUGGUCAUCUGUCAGAGGGGCUACAGGAUACAGACUCACCUGGUCAUCAUCUGAGGGACACAUAGAAAAUGUGAACCUGGGAGACAACUUUAAUUUCUACAUGGUGCAGGGCCUACAUGCUGGCACAGAGUACACCAUCACCAUCAACCCCAUCUUUGUGGACAUUGAAGGGCCUGUUACCUCUGACAAAGCCAUGACAUUGGAAAGCAGUGCAGUACAGACCCUGAGAGCCUCUGCAGUUAGCACUAGCAGUGCCGUUACCUCUUGGAACGCUGUGCCUGGAGCCACAGGAUACAGACUGGCCUGGGGCCCAACUUCAGAGUUUGUAGGGAUAGAUCGGCCCAGACAGCUGGCCCUCAACGGCAGCACUACUGAACAUAUUUUGAAGAAUCUGGUUCAUGACACAGAGUACGUGCUCUCUCUCUACGUGCUGUUUGGAUCUGCGGUUGGACCGGGCAUCACUGCUACAUUCAAGACCUCACCUCUCGGAUACGUCUCAAAUUUUAAAGUGACCUCAUACACCAGCUCUUCCAUCGAUGUGGAAUGGAGCCCUAUUGUAGGGGCCACAGAAUACAAACUCACCUGGAGUUCAGAAUUUGUGCGCCCUCAGAGUCGUUAUCUUGACCGCAGCAUUUUACGGCACAGCAUCCCUGGUCUUGAGCCAAACACCCUUUAUUCCAUCAGCAUUCAAGCUCUCUACAGCAACACAGAGGGGCCAGAAAUCACUCUCUCACAGCAAACAGCAUCUUUGACGGACUCUGAGCUGAUUGAAACAGUUCGGGAUGUAAAAGUGGUCGACAUCGGUGCCAGCUCAUUCAAACUAGCCUGGAGGAAAAUGCCAGGCGUCACUGGGUACAAGAUCACCUGGAGCCCCUUCCAAGGUGGUGAAAAGAAGAGUGAGGUUGUAUCUUCUUCUACCACAUCCUUCACCAUCACUGAUCUGCCUGCCAGCUCCGCCUACAAGAUCCAGGUGUCUGCUGUGGUCAUGAGCAAAGAGGGAAGCCCAGUCAUGGUGACCGCCCGUACCUUGGAUCUGCCUAAAGUGACUGGAUUUAGUGCUCUAAACAUCACAGACAGCAGCUGUGUAAUGAACUGGACCAGUGUGAGUGGAGCCUCUGGAUAUCUGCUGUCCUGGAGACACAUAUCAGAAGUUGAGAUCUCCACUGAGCUGCUGAGCUCGGCUUUCACUUCCUACAAGAUCCGAGAUCUCCAGUAUGGGAGAACCUACAUCUUUUCCAUCAGACCUCUUUAUGGGGAAGUGGAGGGCCCUCUCACAACAAUCACUAAAAGAAUCUUGGGUGCUCCUCAUCUCAUUCCUGUUCUGAGUGCCACACCUGCCCCUGUCUCAGCUAAUACCAAAAGCAAUGAUCUCCACCUCCACACCACAACCAGAAACACCUCCACUCCAGUGCUCAAAGCACCCAGCACACCCACCAGCACUCAGAGACCUGCAGUGAGGCCUCAGAUCACAAUUGGCCAAAUGGCCGCAGCACUGACCAGAAUUACCACAGCAAAUGACCAAACCACCCUGUCCAUAGAGACCCCCCCACCUGGACCAGUGUGUGGCAGGGUGAAGGCAGACAUUGUUUUUCUGGUUGAUGAAUCCUGGAGCAUUGGUACUAAUAACUUUGGUAAGCUAAAGGACUUCCUCUUCAGAAUUGUCACCUAUUUCCCCACAGUAGGAUCUAAAGGAACGCAGAUAGCAGUGGUUCACUAUAGUGAUCAGCCCAGGAUCGAGUUCAACUUUAACACUCACAAAGACCGGAAUUCAGUUCUGAGAGCACUCAGAGAAGUCCACUAUGGAGGGGGGAACACAAAAACGGGUCGUGGGAUCAGCUAUGUCCUCAGGGAGCUGUUUCAGGAAUCUCUGGGUAUGAGACAAGAAGUUCCUCACGUCUUAGUGCUGCUUACAGAUGGAAGAGCACAGGAUGAUGUAGAGCCGCCCUCGAGAAUUGCACAUGCUCUUGGUGUCAGUGUGCUGGCCAUUGGAAUCGCUCACGCUGAUAUUGAUGAACUGAGGAAGAUCGCGUCCCCCACCACAUACAAGAACAUCUUCUUCGCCAGUGACUUUGACGAUCUGCCGUCCAUCGAGAGAGAGUUUAUCAGAAGCAUCUGUAGCGAGGCCUUACAAUCAGAGUUCAAACGAGACUAUGAGUCUGCUGAACUGGACACACUUACGAGUGACCCAGAGGCUCUCUCUAAACCAGAAGGGCCCUGUCUGCUUAGCUGCAAGGGUCAGAAGGGGGAGAAGGGCGAUGGAUUUGGUCAUGGCGGCCUGCGACUAAAGCAAGGCCCAGGAAAUUAUGACUCAUUCUCUCUAAAGGUCAAAGGGGACAAAGGUGAGAGGGGUCUUCCCGGAACAGAUGGCAUCCCGGGAUUACCAGGACGACCGGGUAGAACUGGACCCCCUGGUUCUCCUGGACUGAGGGGGUCACCUGGAACUUCUGGCGAUAUGGGACGUCCUGGUAAUACUGGACCAAAAGGGCAGAGAGGAGAGAGAGGAGAGCCAGGCUACGUAAUGGGAGGCAUGGAGGUUCUUCCAGGGCGUAAAGGGGAACCUGGAUCCUCUGGCCCCUCAGGUGCUCCAGGUGUCCCAGGGGUAUCAGGCCCUCCAGGAUUGCCUGGUCAGCCUGGACCUCCGGGGUCUACUGGACUCUCUGUCAAGGGUCAGCCUGGAGAACAUGGUCUUAAAGGUCCACGUGGGAAACAAGGUCCCAAAGGAGAAAAGGGGGAGCUGGGGAAUAAUGGUUUAGCAGGUUUGCCAGGGCCUGUGGGAGUAGAUGGGAUCCCAGGACUACCUGGUAAAAAGGGGCAGAAGGGAGAGGAAGGCAUUGGAAUUCAAGGUGGUCAAGGGCUGCCAGGGCCAGAUGGAGAAAAGGGUACUACUGGACUACAAGGCCCAAAGGGUGAAUCAGGACUCCAAGGAGUCCAGGGAAUCAUAGGCCCUCGGGGCAAAAAGGGACUUAAAGGCGAUCAAGGUGACAAGGGUGAACGUGGAGAGAUGGGGCCAAUCGGACCUCCAGGAAUUGCAGGUUUGCCUGGAGUUGCUGGACAAAAGGGUGAUGAGGGUCAGCGUGGCACUCCAGGCGAACCAGCUAAAGGGAUUCUUGGUCCUCUGGGGAAAAAGGGUGCCAGGGGUGACAUUGGGCCAGUUGGCCCACCUGGACCACAAGGGAUCAAAGGAGACCAGGGAGAUAAAGGGGAAAAGGGCAACCCUGGAUUUGGGAUCCCUGGUCAACCUGGCCCCAAAGGAGAGAGUGGAGAAAGAGGUAAUGUUGGAUUAUCAGGGAAACCAGGGCCUAAAGGCAACGAUGGGCCUAAAGGAGAGAAAGGGGACGUUGGUUUCCCAGGCUUCCCAGGAUCUCCAGGACUAAUAGGUAAAGAUGGUGUGCCAGGCUCGAAAGGGGAGGUGGGACCAAGGGGAGAAUCUGGUUUGCCAGGAGAGCCUGGAGAGAGAGGUGUCAAGGGCCCUCUUGGUCUUCCAGGACGACCAGGUGACCUUGGGAAAAAAGGCGAUCCCGGGAAAUUAGGGUUACCGGGUCCAGAGGGACACAAAGGAGAGAGGGGCGAGCCGGGAAAGCCAGGGCCACCGGGAGAAUCUCAAUUCACCAUGUCAGACAACAACAUUCUCACCAGGGCUAUUAAGGGUGAGCCAGGUGAGCCGGGUCUCCCGGGACUCCGUGGGGAGACAGGACUUCCUGGGCCUCCUGGUCUUGAAGGUAAACCAGCAUCUCCAGGAAAUGUAAUGUUUGGAUCUGGCACUGGAAGAGAUGGUCUGGAUGGUCUACCUGGAAGGCCUGGAUCUAAGGGUGAACCAGGACAAAAGGGUGACCCUGGACCAAAAGGAGAAAAGGGAGAUUCUGGAUGGGCUGGGAUUACUGGUAUGCCUGGUUUACCUGGAACACCUGGGAAGCCUGGUGUUGAUGGGAAGCGUGGGAUGGCUGGAAAAGAUGGAGAACACGGACCCAAGGGUGAUGAAGGAGCAAAGGGUGAAAAAGGUGAACCUGGUGUUAAUGGAAAUGAAGGUAAAAAAGGAGAGCCAGGAUCUCCAGGCUUGCCAGGUCCACCUAUUGUUCUUCAAGAGGGUAUGUCAAUUGAGGACAUAAAAAAGGCAUUUCCCAUACCAAUGGGACCCCCUGGAGUGACAGGUCCUCCUGGGAUAAAGGGAGAGAGAGGAGAGAUGGGUUUGCAAGGAGAGAAGGGUGAUGCUGGCCCACCUGGGAGCAGUAUUGAAUUAAAGGUCUUCAUGGAGAUUGAAGCCAUGUUUGAAUCAUAUGGUAUUAAACUCUCGCUGCUGAAGGCCUUAAUUGACAGGCUGCUUCAGGAUGGUGUGGAGGAGCUUCUUCAUGAUAUCACCACCAACAGAAGAGUCAAAGGAGAGAGACAAGAGACUGACUCCAACAUCAUCACUGAAUACUCUAGCUCAGUAAAGUACAGUCAACUCCAUGAGUCUGAGAUGGAUUUGAUUGAGGAAGAGUCUGAUCUUGAAGAGGGACAGAUGCCUCAACCAAGUCCUGAGUCAGUUGUAGAAACAGAGGUAGGUCCAACUCUUUGGAGCAUCUCUACCAUCCUCAGUAAGGAUGGCCUGAGCAAACCAAAGGGGAGGCUGGCAGAGGACAAUGAAAAGAAGCCUGUAAAGACCAACUUCAGUGACGUAACACCUUCCAGAUUUACUGAAACCAACACUGCCUCUGAGAGGCUGGGUUCUGGAAAGGCAGAGGUAGGUAUGGAGACAGAUUUACACAGUCAUGAGGACACAGGGAAGAAAACAUCUGGAGAGAAGAAGAAAGGCAGAGAAAGGGGAAAGGGAAAAGGAAAUAAAGGACGUCAAAAACGGCAAAGGAAGCGUUUGGAAGACCAAGACAACCUGGAAGAUGAUGCGGAGGAAGCAUCUUAUGAUGAUGAAGAAUACAGCUAUGAAUAUGUGGAUGAGCUGCCCACAGAAGAGCCGUUUCUCACUCAAGAGGAGAGUGGAGGGGAGGAGCUAAAAUACUCUGCAACAACAGCUUUAUACACACAAGAAAAUGAGGGAGAGAACAAAACAUCCCCUCCUCCAACACAGUCUCCAGAAAAGAUUAUACUGACAGCGGGUCCCCUGCUUUCAUCAAGAGUCACAGAGCAGAAGCAGACUGAAACCAUACAAUUGUCGUUACUAAAUACCACACAAACUGAAGAGGAGGGGAACUUGUCUCGCAUUACUGGCCUGGCAGAGGCAAGAUCUAAAGUGAAGAGGAGCGCCCAUUGGCCUGAUCGCAUGGACUACAUGCCUGGGACACCAGGAGGACAAAACCGUUACAAACAAGGACCUAAGUGGUCAACAUCAGGUGCACGAGGCAAAAAGAAGCUAAAUAAAAAGAAGCAAGAAAACAAAGACCCCGAGCCUGUGGAAGAGAUGUAUAGGGAAAGAGAAAGAGGGGAAGACGGGGAGAGAGAGGCAGAUGUUUAUCUUCAGAACAAGCAUGAAAGGGAAAAGAAACAAGUGAUUGAAGAGGAGAGGGGAACUGAGGGACACUGGGACAUGGAGGAAGAUACAGUGACUGAGGCCAGAGAAUACAGUUCAGGUGAUGGAGACGAGGAGACAGGCAGAGAGGAAAUAGGGGAAGACUUAGAGAUAGAGAGGGAGAGAGAGAGACUGGAGAUGGAGAAAGAAAGAAUGGAGCUGGAACGAGAAAGAGAGGAAGAAUUGGAGAGGGAGAGAGAACAAGAGCGGGAGACAGAGAUGAAGCAGGAGGAGCAAGAGGAGAGAGAGAGACAGAUACAGAGGCAAAGAAUGGAAUGGGAGAGACAGCGAGAAAAGAUGGAGAGAGAGAGAAUGGGUGAGAUAGACAGAGAAGAAGACACGGAGUCACAUAUUUCACACUGUGAUUAUUUGAAGGGACCUCCUGGUGACAAUGGAAAUCAAGGCCCCAAGGGGGUGAUUGGUGAGAAAGGCCAGAAGGGAGAGCCUGGAACUGGGCACCGUGGACCCAUUGGUCAAGCUGGUCCACCAGGACAAAAGGGCGAGCCUGGGGAACCAGGACCCACUGGAGCUCAGGGCAUCCAGGGUGUCCGUGGCAACCCUGGCAUCUCUGGGUCACCAGGUCACAGAGGUCAGCCCGGUGACCCUGGAGAGGCAGGUAGAAAGGGUGAUAUAGGAAGACGAGGGAAGAAUGGCUCACCUGGCUCUCCAGGUACACCCGGUCCUCCAGGACAGCAGGGUCCACCUGGCCCACUUGGGGUUAAAGGUGAGAAGGGGGACAGUAUCCCAGGGGAACCAGGAGACAGAGGAAUUGCUGGGCUACAAGGUCGCAGGGGAGCCAAAGGCACUGUUGGUGGAAGAGGGCCUCCAGGUCUCAUGGGUACCAAAGGUCUGGCUGGUCUGAAAGGAGAAAAGGGUGAUAGAGGUGUCCCUGGUAACAGAGGAGAAAAGGGCAGCCCUCUGUCCAUGCCAGGUCCUCGGGGAUACAAGGGGCUAAAAGGAGAACCAGGUGAGCGUGGGUUUCCAGGAUUCGAUGGAGAUAAAGGAGAGAAGGGGGAAGAUGGUCCACCUGGUGCAAAGGGGCUGAAGGGUGAAGCUGGUACCAAAGGAGGCAUGGGGCAUUUUGGUGCACGUGGUCCUGUGGGACAAAAGGGAGAUCCAGGCGAGCCAGGUGCCAAUGGAGAAAAGGGUCGGAAUGGAGAGAAUGGAUUGGAUGGUGAGAAAGGUGAUAAGGGAGACAUGGGCCUGCAGGGUCGAAAGGGGGAUCAGGGUGAGACAGGUGAGCCUGGUGUACCUGGAGAUACGGGAAUUAGAGGAGAAAAGGGCUUCAGAGGUUUCCCUGGUCGUAUUGGGAGCCCAGGACUGGAUGGAGAACAGGGUGACCCUGGGAACCCUGGCACACCUGGCAUCCCGGGACUGAAUGGUAUCCCGGGACGAAAGGGAGAAAAAGGUGAUAGUGGACUGAAUGGUCUUGAUGGACAUCCAGGGCAGAAAGGAGAGAAGGGGGUGACUGGGUUCCCUGGUUUCUCUGGUUUUAAGGGAUCUUCUGGUACACCAGGAUCUAAUGGGGCUGUGGGUCGGUCUGGUCCUGUUGGACCCAAAGGAGAAGUAGGACCGAAGGGAGAGAAGGGGAGGAGAGGCAGAGGAAAGGCCUGUCAGCGGGGACACCCUGGAAUUCCUGGCCUCAGAGGCUUGGAUGGGGACAUGGGAACAUUGGGUAUGAAAGGAGAAAAAGGAGAGCCAGGACUCAGCGUGGAGGCAGUGAAGGAUCUGGUGACAAAGGAGGUGGUUGAGAAGUGUGGAAAGGAUUACCUCCUAAUGGUGAACACCAAUAAUCCAGACGAUGGGAGCAUCCUGAGAGAAGAGAGAGAAAUGGAAGAAUCUGUCUCUCCUUUAAUGUUCACCCUCCCAAAAGUGUGGGCUGAAGAGAAGGAGGAUGAAACCAUAACAGUUCAUCCUGCUGUUUCAAAGUCUGAGCCAACAUUAGCAUAUGGCAACGUUACAAUGGACAGCACAGAGAGAGACGGAGACCCUAAACAGAAGAGACAAGCACUUAAACUCCACUCAGACCCCGCAGCUGAUCUGUGCCUUGAACCCAUGUCUGAGGGCCACUGCACUGAAUAUGUCUUGCUCUGGUACUACUACGCAAGCUCGGGAGAAUGCCGUCCCUUUUUAUAUGGUGGCUGUGGAGGAAACAAGAACCGCUUUAGGUCCAAACAGGACUGUCAGAGUCUAUGUAUUCUGGGCAGGAGAGAUUCUGGGUCCUGAGAAGGAAGCAUCCGACUUUUUAGUCAUCCGACUAAAAAUACUAUUUUUGUACAUUUGUCUUGUCAUACCAUAUGUAUAUUAGUUUUAAUUGAAAUUAUAUUUGGCCAAAUCAAUUGUUCACAAAAUGUUACAUCUACAUCAUGUUUUCGUUUCACUUCUAUAGCACCACACAUUGUUGCACUGUUGUAGAGAUACAUGCUUACCCACAUAUUUCUUACAGAUAGGGCAUUAGUUCUUAUUUAAAUAAUUGUUAGAUGCCUUCAAAAGAAAAUGCACUAUAAAGAUCAUCAACUAGAUGUGUUUAUGACCUGGUCUAAAUUGGAAAUACUGCUUACCAUAUGGUUCACCAUUUUGCACUAAUGGUUCAGUUUAAUCUGACUGUUUUUUAAUAAUAUUUUAGACAAUAAAACAACGAACCAAAUAUAUAUUUUUGAAUGGGCUACAAAGUGAAUGGGUUCCCAAUGGGUGGGUUGAUGUGUGUUAUACAUGUGUGUGCGUGAGAGCAUUUUCAC